AGGUAUUUUUUAUACGAAUGCUUUUUUUUGCUGCAGGUUUUAAUUACGGGUCCAGCGGAUACUCCUUAUAUGAAUGGUUGUUUCGAAUUUGAUGUUUGGUUCCCGAAUGAUUAUCCGACCUCGCCAAUGCAUGUGAAUCUGGAAACUACGGGCAAUCAUACUGUUCGCUUCAACCCGAAUUUGUAUAAUGAUGGGAAAGUAUGUCUGUCAGUGUUGAACACAUGGCACGGCCGACCCGAGGAACGAUGGAAUCCAGAAACAAGCAGUUUGUUGCAGGUAUUUUCGUUCAAAAACUUCUGUGAUUGUUAG